CGAUAUUUAUGCGAUAUAUUGACUUUUUGCGAGAUAUUGACCCGGUAUGAAUUUUCCCGUCGAAAAGCUGGAACAUUGAAGGGGAAAAGAGGGGAAAAUCCGACGAUUGCAUAAAAAUACGGGUAAACAGCAGAGAAAAAUAUUCCAGUCACGAACUGUGCCCAGAUUCUUGCAUCCAAUUGGGAUUAAUUCGAUUUCGAGAAUGGGUUCUUUGGCAACUGCAGGGAACUGUACUGAGGAACCUAGGAGAAUCGGAGGUUUCUGGUUCUUGUGCGAUAUAUAUGGACGAUUACUGCUUUUCGCUUCGGUGAAUCUGGAGCUAUGGUGGAAGCAGAACCGAUCUGAAUUUCUCAUCAACCGUUUGAUUGAGUGUGGUGAGGUGAUCGAUGACUCCAAGAUGCACACCCUCGCCGCGGCCUCCACAAUGCAGAAGCUGCUCGCGGAAGAGCUCAAUUUCAGCUCGGGGCCAACCAUUGAGGUAGCAAAGAAGGUGGGUGAAGCUAUAGCCAAGGCAUGCUUGGAGAAAGGGAUAACGAAAGUGGCAUUUGACAGAGGGGGUUACCCAUACCAUGGACGAGUAAAAGCGCUUGCUGAUGCAGCUCGGGAGAAUGGGCUUGAGUUCUGAAAUGGACUAGGUUAGUCACUUCGUACCGCUCAUUUUCAUUCAAUUCGACAUUGUUGUGAUGCGAUGGAGCAAGUUGUAGUGCUAGGAGCCUGCCUGUAAUGUUGUUUGGUUGUGCAACAGUUCCAGUUGUUUGUUUUUGUGUAUUUGAUCUCAAGAACAACAAGUGAUAAUCCAAUUGAAAAGUUAGCAUUUUGUUUCAGUGAUCAGCAGCUUGGCCUUCAAAAUGUGUAGGUUGGAAUCUACCAUGUCAAUGGAACACUUGGAAUAAUCUGCUGAAAAAUCAGUUGAAUAACAUUCUCAAAGCAUAGAUAGAAGAUAAAUGAAGAAUUGGGUUCUUUGGCGACUGCAGGGAACUGUACUGUGGAACUUGGGAGAAUCGGAGGUUUCUGGUUCUUGUGCGAUAUAUAUGGACGAUUACUGCUUUUCGCUUCGGUGAAUCUGGAGCUAUGGUGGAAGCAGAACCGAUCUGAAUUUCUCAUCAACCGUUUGAUUGAGUGUGGUGAGGUUGACUCUGCUCUGGCCAUUUUUAUACGGAGCUGGAGGACCGCAUUGGAUUGCAGCUUAAUCAACAUACUUAAUGGAUUUCUUGUUAAGGCAUUAUGUGAGAAAGGUUGCUUGAAGGAAGCAUUGGGUGUUCUUCAGGAAAUGGAGAUAUGAAGGGGCUUUGCAAGCUAGGGAAGGUGGAAGAGGCUGCUGCAUUGCUGACCGGAGAUGAAAGGUAAGCGUGUGGCUCCUGAUGUCGUUAACUAUACUACUGUCUUUAGUGGUUAUUGCGAUAAGGGUAAUCUUGAUGAGGCCAUGAAACUAUUCGAAUCGAUGAAGCGAAAUGGGGUUAGGCCUGAUGUCAUAAUUUAUAAUUUACUUGCUUCUGGUUUGGCUAGAUUGGAUUUUACUAAAGAAGUGAAGUGCUUGUUAAACUACAUGAAGGACUAUGGGAUUGAACCUAACAAUGGAACAUACAAUGUCAUCAUUGAAGGGCUAUCCACUGGAGGCAAAUUGGAAGAUGCAAAAGCUUUUUUGGCCGAACUGGAAACCAGUGCUUGAAUAUCUAUUGUGUCAUGGUUAAUGUUUACUGCUCAACAAAAGGGUCAGAGAAGGCCUUUGCUCUUUUUAUUUAUCUGGCUGAAAAAGGGCACUUGCUGAAGAAACGUUCUUGUUUGAAGUGGCUUUCCAGUUUGGAACAUGAUAUCGAGAAGUGUAUUCAGCUGGUUAAUUAUCUGAAUAUUGUGUGCAGCAGAGUCAUAAGCAUGCUUUUGCAUGCUGGAGAGAUGGGAAAGGCCCUGAAAUUAUUCAAAGAAGUGAAGACAAACGGGAUUAACCCAGAUGUGGUGACAUACACAAUGAUGAUGCAUCUUUAUUGCAGGAGGCCAAAGGGGUUGAACCAGAUGUCAUCACUUAUAAAGUUUUGCUGAAGGGGGAAUUGAAGGAAAUAAGGUGCAAGAAAAGUAGGAAUAAGGAAAUCAACAGCAGCAAUGCUGUAGUAGAACCUUCUUGUAUGGUAAACUAAUGGGUGCAUGGAGCCUGAUCCUGUUUCUUAUAUUUAUUUUUGAUAGACGCACGCUGCAAAGAAAAUGAUAUGAAGGGUGCUGUGGCAUUUUUCAAACAGAUGAUUGAUAGAGGGCUACAAGCCUACAACCCGAUGUGGACUGACUUGGUCAGAUGGAGUACACUAUGUCAAGACUCAAGAGUCCCAUUGUUCGAAAGAAGACAGAGAGUGAAUUAGUCCAAUCACAGCCUAAUGCAAGACUUGAGCGGUAAGAAUAGUUGGGCUGGACCCACUUACUAUCUGAAUGAAAUGUAAUUAAGCUAAUUAAUCCUUACCUAUUCGUGUUUUGUUGGUUGUAAUUGUAAUAGGUGGUGGUGCAUUUGGUGGUUCUUCAGACCAUGUUUAUGUCGUCCCGAUUGCUGUGGGGAUUUGAUUUUGUUAAUUGAUUGUGAAGUUAUUUAUAUGUAUGAUGUUGUCGUCUUUGUAUCGAACGAUUUGCAUCAUCUUUUCGAGUGAUCCAAUGAGAGAAAAAAAAAUCAAGCUAAUUAAUCUAAGAUUAUUCUAUUACCCACUUGAUGAUUAGUGACGAUUCAGGAAGCUAAAUCCUUUCCAGAAACGGUUGAGUAUUGGAUCUAUGUGUCAGAGGUGCAAAAUUCCAGCCAAACCAACCAAUACUGGUAUUUUGGCCUAACGUUGAGUCAUGCUCGAACCAACCAAUUAGAUUACAGUAAAUUGCCCAGUCUUCCACCUCCACACCCAACAUCAACAAAACUUAUGUAUAGAAGCUAAAUAUCCAAUACAUUUAUUUGAUAUAACAUCAGUAAGUAGUCAGUACCAACUAUCAGCUAAGAGAUGGCUUUUCCUGGUGGAUUACUUUGAUGAUCAAUCCUUCCUCGCAAGUCAUAUCUAUCCAUCUAUAUAUAUAUAUAUGUGUCGUAAUUAAUUCAUUAAACUAUG